AUGCGCUCUUCUUCCAUCAUCCUGACGGCUCUCGCCGCCGUGGCCUGCGCUUACCAAGUGCCCAACCGCGCCCCGCAGGCCCUCGCCGCCGCCAGCGCGGCCAUUCGGGAGCGCCGCGACCUCGACGCCUGCAACUCGGUUGCCACGGCCGUCAUCCCGCGCAUCACGGACGCGCCGACGGCGCCAGCGGACGUGGCCGCGUACCUCGCCAUCUCGGCCACCAUCACCGACGCCUGCGUCGACCCGACCAUCACGGGCUCCAUCGGCUCGGCCUACUCGACCUUCGCGUCCGAGCUGACGUCCUGGCGCGAGAAGCACAUGUCCGACUUCCGCGCCGUGUGGCAGGCCUGCAGCGACGUGCAGGGCGUCAUCAACGUGCUGCCGACGGGGUCGGGCCAGUGCAGUUCCCUCGUAGCGCAGAUCACGAGUGCCGGGCCGGUGAACAACGGCGGCAGCGGCGGUGGCGGCAGCGGGUCUGGCAAUGGCGGUGGAGUGGGUAACGCGGCCCGGCCGAGGGAGACCGGGGCCGUUGUUGCGGUGGUGGCAGUUGCUGGCUUCGUUGUUGCUGCUCUCCAAUGA